GGUGCAAAGCUUGUGGAUUUCUCCUUAGGAACCGAUACUGGAGGUAGCGUUAGAGUGCCUGCUUCUUAUUGUGGAAUUCUUGGAUUCCGGCCUUCACAUGGUGUGGUCUCUACAUCUGGAGUAAUACCCAUGACGCAGAGCUUCGAUACAGUAGGCAAUCUUAUAAAACAGAUUAGCAUCGGGAGUUAUGUUGAGGACAAAGUUCCAAGUUUGAAGCAUUUCAUGAUUGAAGAAAACGAUGGCUAUAAGCAUAUCAUUCCAUCCUUGGCUGCUCUUGUAAGGUCUAAGGUAUUGCUUCAGAGGCAUGAGUUCAAAAGCAAUCACGGAGAAUGGGUUAGGUCCUAUAGUUCUCAUUUGGGCCCAGGAAAAUCAGAACGAAUAUCAGAAUACAUCAGGGUGGCAACGGAUGAAAAUACUGAUCUAAGUCGCUCCGUUCAAAUUGAACUGCGUGUAGCUCUUGCAGCUCUUCUUGAAGUAUUAUCUCUCUCUCUCUCUCUCUCU